CCCAGUAUACACCGACAUAUUACCUCGUUGCCACAGAAACAGUCGAAUUAGGACCAAAAGGGCAAAAAAGUAUACCAAUACAUGUGCAACGAAGAAAGAACGUUCAUAAGGACUCAAAGAUAGGGAGUCGAAAGAUAUUGGCUAAGAACACGGGCAGUGGGAUCAGGAUCACGCACGCAGAUCGCCAUUGAUUAGUCGACGACGCGCAAGUUCGCGGCGACACCGCAGAACGUCGGGUCCGCCUCUGAAUGUCCUUCUUUCAGAGUAAAACGGACCAUAAUCUCGAGAAUACUGUACAGCGUGCACGUAGAAAAAGUGAUCACGGUGCAAACGUUAAUUACGCGUAUUCCGUGCGGCUCAGGAGAAGAACCCGGGGACGAUACAGGGGCAAGAGGGAUUGUAUACUGUGUGCUUCGUUCACUUGAUCGGUAAGCAGGCUGGCUGGCUAGCUGCCCGGGCACGGAUCGUUUCCACCGCCUAUCCGUCCGUCCAUCCCAUUUCGUCUCGUCUCGUCUCGUCUCGUCUCGUUUCACUGCAAGUCCACGCUGUUACGCUUCCCUCUCUCUCUUCCUUUCUAUUUCUCUGUCUCUCCCCGGUCAGCUUUGUUCGCGAUGCCCUUCCAUCACAGCUCAGCCGAGUCUCGGGUUGUGUGCGACGGAAUACGGUAAUCCUGCUCGUCCCGGGCUCUCCUGUGUCAAGCCGGAACGUGGUUCGUUUUAGUCCGUGACCUGUGACCCUGAAAACCAGUGACAGUGUGUGCCUCUGAUCUUGGUACGCCGUUCACCUAGUUCUCCAAUGGCAACGCGAGCAGUGGUACCAGCCACAGCUAAUCGACCACCGGCCAAGCCGAAUUCUCGUCGACGACGUGCUGCCUGAUUGCGUUACAAAUCAUAAUCAGAAGAGGGACGGACGGAUGAGACACUCCGAAGAAUGAACACUGAACAAAGACAGUCGCGCAUAAAUACAGAAGAAAUGGAAGACAGCGGAGCUCACAAUUCGUCUAGAGUUUCGAAUCAAGAGUAAACACUAAUGGAUCACUGAUAAACGUGCCAGUACGACCUAUUACACGUUCGCAGAGCAUGAAGAGGAGAAAACACGAGUGACUUCGCAAAUACAUUCGGUGCUAGAUCGAAGGAUGGAGGAGUCCUCGCCUAGGAUUCGUCACUACCUAGACUGCUGGGACAACAAUUUCGUUCGUUUAGACCUCGGAAGUUAGGGGUUGAAAAGUUUACAUGAAGAUACGUAUUCGUGCCAUUGAAUUAAUAAAAAUCGACAUAAACAUUUUACAAAUACUGUUUAUAAAAUUCAAUGUGCGUCAAAUUGACGCGUUCUGCAAACCCAGUGUUAAUGAAAACCACAUUUUACUAUACGUUUUAUUCUUUUACAUGGUCUGUAUUAUCCGAUUUCAUUGAUUCACAAACACUAAGUGUAAUAACCAGAGGAUAAAUGACCGGUGUUAAAAUUUGAUUUCAAAUCCUGCAUUUUCGUUUGUUCGUUUCAUUUUAUAUCAUUUCUCGUGUUGUCUCGUUAAAGAAUACUAUCGUAAAUAUGCUUGAAAACCAGCUUCAAGAACUCUUAGAAAAUCAUCCAAAUUAUGGAACACAACGUUAUAGAAAAUUAAAAAUAAUUUUCCUUCUUCUAUUAAUAAUUUUAACCAUUUUUCUAUUAACGACUUUUUAGUUGAAUUAAUAGAUUAUUGAUAUUUCGACUUCACUUAGUUUAUAACCGCAACCAACAUUGAUAUUGUAGGAAAAAGAGAAUUCUCAUUGAUAUAAACAGUAUUUUAAUCCAUGCAACUUUUAAUAAAUUAUUCGUAGAACGCCAUUAAUGACAUUAGGUACCUGCCCCUCCAUUUACACAGACUAUCCAUUCCACAUGGAUUCGUUUUGCGUGAAUGAAAAUCGCGUAAAUAGAGUCUGUCAGUAAAAAAGGAAACAAAAUAUUGCAAGGAGAAGCUGGUAAAGCAAAAGUAAAUUUUAUUCGAUGUCGCUAAAUUCAGAUCGCGUAAAUUGGUAUCGCGUAUAGACAGUACCACGUAAAUAGUGUUAUAAUUUACCGCCUAAAAAGGAAAUUUGAGUAAAAAAAGUACAGCAUAAAUGGAGGGAGUGCGUACAUCGUUAGUGGUUAACAAUUAUUGAAUCAUUCCGUCAGAAUGAAGACAAGUACUCGGUGGCAAACAGCCAAGCGCCGUUGCAAGCCGACGAGGACGAACACCCCGAGCGAGGAACAUGGACGGGGAAAUUCGAUUUCCUGUUGUCCCUUCUGGGGUACAGCGUCGGACUUGGCAAUGUCUGGCGGUUCCCUUACCUGUGCUACUCGAAUGGAGGAGGCGCUUUUCUAAUUCCAUUCACGAUUAUGCUCAUCAUCGCCGGACUGCCUCUAAUGUUUAUGGAGCUUUCUUUAGGACAGUACGCGAGCUUCGGUCCAGUGGCGGCUUACAAACGCUUCUGCCCCCUGUUAUGCGGCCUGGGAUACGGGAUGGUUCUUGUUAGUUCCGUUGUGAUGCUCUAUUACAACCUAAUCAUCGCCUGGACGCUUUAUUACAUCUUCGUUUCCAUCGAUGCGACGUUCGUGGGAGGUGGUAAACUGCCGUGGAGUAGGUGCGAACAACCGUGGAGCACGGAUGAUUGUUUCAUGCCAGAAAUUGCCGAAGCAUGCUUAUCUCAAAACAUGAGUUAUUUUAAAAGGAGAUGCUUAAAUUCUACUCAAAUGGCUUCCAUGGGCCUAACCAUCCAGAAUAUCACUAGCGCGAUUAGGAAACCACCAGCUGAGGAAUAUUUCAACAAUCACGUUUUGGGGAUAAGCAGUGGAAUCGAAGAGACAGGUGCUAUUCGUCCCUCGAUGGCAGUAAGCCUUUUAUUAGCUUGGGUCAUCGUCUUUUUCUGUCUGAGCAAAGGUGUUCAAAGCUCGGGGAAAGUUGUGUACUUCACUGCUCUCUUCCCGUAUGUCGUCUUGAUCGCUCUUUUCAUUCGAGGUAUUAUGCUUCCCGGUGCCAGGGAAGGCAUACUGUUUUAUCUGACGCCCGAUUGGAAAAGGUUAAUGUCUGCGAAAGUGUGGAGCGACGCUGCGGUGCAAAUAUUCUUCGCCCUUAGCCCAGCUUGGGGCGGUCUCAUCACGCUCAGCUCCUACAACAAAUUCACCAACAAUUGUUACAAAGACUCGUUGAUCGUUGCCGUGAGUAACAUCGGCACGUCGUUCUUCGCCGGUUUCGUGAUCUUUUCGGUGAUUGGUUUCUUAGCUCACGAACUUGACGUUCCAAUCGCUUCUGUCGUCGAGCAGGGUGCUGGAUUGGCGUUCAUCGUGUAUCCUGAUGUAGUAGCGCGUUUGCCGAUUGCAUCGGUUUGGUCGCUGCUUUUCUUUGUGAUGCUUCUCACUCUGGGCCUCGACUCUCAAUUCGCAUUGAUGGAGACAGUCACUACCGCUAUAUUGGAUGCUUUCCCAUCAUUAAGAAGCUAUAAAGUUUGGGUAGUGCUAGCAACAGCAGUUCUAGGUUACGCAGGAGGAAUUGUUUUCACCACUAAUGCUGGAGUUUUUUGGUUGCAAUUAAUGGACAAAUAUGCUGCAAAUUGGUCGGUGCUGCUAAUCGCUAUUAGCGAAUGUCUGCUGGUCGGUUGGAUCUACGGUGCAGAUAGGUUUCUUGACGAUAUUCAGCUGAUGAUUGGACCACACAGUCGACUUUGGAGGUUCUUCUGGACUUGGAUGUGGAGAGUCGUCACCCCAGCAACCCUUUUCUUUAUUCUAUUCUUCAACUGGAUCGAGUACCAACCGUUAAAUUACGGAGAUUACAUCUAUCCGACGUGGGCGAAUAACGUUGGUUGGGUCAUUGGAUUGAUACCCGUUCUGGUCAUCAUUGCCGUGACUGUGAAUCAACUGAGAGACCGACGCCGACGAUCCGCCUACGAUGACGACGACGACGAUGACGACUUGGACAACCGACCAUCUUACCAAAGACACGAUAAAGGAAGGACGAAGAGGAACAAAGGAAAAAACGUAUGGUGCCGGACGAAAUUGCUUCUGCAACCUACCACGGAUUGGGGGCCAGCGGCCAGGAAUCCUUCCACGCCUUCCAGAACGCUCACUCACACACCAUCGCCAGGACCACCAGGAGGCUAUGAUUCCGUGCGGGAUACUAUAGUCUUGGUGAACGGUCAACCGAUGAUGCUGCAGCCGUCGAGCACGUCCGGUACUACUCAGAAGCUUCCCGGUCCGUCGAUCCUGAAGAAUUCCAGUAAAACCGACCUGAUCACAUCUCAACAAGUCUGACACGAUGUUCAUUUCACCUCGGAAGAUGAGUCUGCCGAAAAAUCGACCGCCAAAAACGUGACACGCCAAUAACAGAUAGUUGCGCAUUGUGUACAGGCUGGUGACGAUCGAUCAAUGGGAAAUUGACCGAGUAACGAUUUGAACAUUUUCGUAGGCGAGACACACAGAGAUAUUAUUUUCUACGUACGCUCCACGAAACGCUAGAAGACUCGAAAUCGCUAUUACAAAGUAAUUAAAAGGUAUAUACAAGCGAGCUCAGAUGAGUUAAUCGACUAGUAGCAAACUGAAAAGUCAGGAAGACAGGGGGACUCUUCCACUUACGAUGUUUGGAACUAGUAGUUGUUAUACGCUGCACAGCAGUAACAAAGGACAGAAUCGAGACUGAAUAUGGCGUAAUAAGAUGUAACGAUAAAGAACGAAGUUUGUCACAGUAUAAAGAGUGGCCCAUAAUUGUCUUCCGAACAUAUAUAAGCGCAACAGUAUUGCCAAUGAAAUGUAAAAAGAUACUUAUAAGCCACUCUUUAUAUUGCUGCCAACACCGUCAUCUAUCGUUAUACAGUAAACUCCUAUUUAAUGUGGUUAAAACGUUACGUAUAGUACGAAUUAUCAUUUUGGAAGAUCGUGUUAUACGAGAUUUUUCUCGUACGAAUAAUAAGAAGUAACAUGUUUCAAAUGAUUAUUACCAUGCCAACUCUUAUUUUCUGUUUUAUGAAAAAUACAUAAUAAUAUAAAAGAAUUAGGGACAGGAGAAAUUGGUAAGAACGGAAAAAAAGAUGUAAUGUUGAACUUAUCUUUAUUUUUACAUAUCGAAUCCAUUCCAAGAAACGCAGAUUUUGGUGUGGCCAACGUGGAAAAGGACAACGCGAGUGAAAGAGAAAGAAAGACUGAAAGUCGAAGCGUUUGGCAACAUUGAAGGCUAAUGAUGAGCUUCAGACCUUUAACUAAAAACUCAAACUUUUGUAUUUUUAAUUUUUUACGAAUGCAACUCUCACCAUUAUAUUUGUUAUGUUUUUCUGAUUGAAAUGACACCAAACACAAUAGAAUUACAAUCGUAAUUGCUUGUAUAAUAAGCUAUUGAAUGUUCGGACAUAAAAAAGGUCUGAUAACAGAAAAGAAAGAAAUGUUGAAAUCGUCCAGUCCGACAAUAGUCGGAUCACGUUACACCCUUCAACCGCGACCAGUCAUCGAGCGCUAUGAUGUGUUAAAACAAUGUUCACUGUAGGAUAGACCGACGCCAAUCGGAUAAUUUUCUGUUUGACAUCGUAGAACUUGAAGUACUUGAACGUUAAUGAUGAAAAACGCAAAAGAAUUCUUUAAUCUUCCUUUGGCAAAUAAAAAACAAAAAAUGAGAAAUAUAAUUUGCGAUGCAACAAAUGUAGAUUGAAGUCUUCUGUUAAUCCGAUUCAUCGUGUGAUCCGAUUCUCCACAGUCUACCCUAUAUGAAAACAGUGAUCGCAAAAUAUUCGGUACGUCAUAGGAAUUCGCGUUAUGGAAACACUAGGAGUCUACUGUAUCUCAUUCCCUCACAUUCAGUCUCGUUUCCGUUCUUUAUUACUGUCAUGCGAUCAACGACAACUGCUCGUUGAAACUUGAGGUACGUGGCCAAAUUGAAGAAAUUGAAGGAACAUAGUUUACCCUCUCCCUGACGUUGCCGUAGGGUGGGUCUGUGGUGGUUGUGGAGGUUGUUGGAAGAUGCCUACUGAGUGAGGAAUAGGGUAGUGGAAGAGUUUUGGCGUAGUGAGGAUAACGCAACUGUUACUUUCUGGCUUCACUAACACGAGGAGGCCUGAAUAUCGUGAGUGGAAGAGUCCCCCUGAUCCUCUAACUAUUCAACUUGUUGGUAACCAGAUAACUCAUCUAAACUCGUCGGUAAGUACUUCGUUUUCAUUCACGGGGAAUCCCGUUUCAGUUCCAUUAGAAGUAAACGAAAGAUGUUCGAAUUUCUGUUUCUUCCGCGAUUACAACGUAGAACUUGUUAUCCCCUUAGCCCUUAAAUGUUGUAACUUUACCACCGAAGAAAGUAAUAGCUAGAGAGAAAGGAGGAGAAACUAUUUAGUUAUCGGUACUCGCGAGCGGGAAUUGCAACAGUGUUCGUUCAGAGACGCAACAAUGGCGGGGAACCGGAUCGAGUAAAACGAAAGUGCUCCGUGACAUGCGGCGAACGCAAGACAUUUAGAAUUACGCUACUCCACUGCUUUCGAUUGUACAUACAGUCGUAAGGGAUUAACAAAUUAAUCGUACUCUAGCGAAGAAAGUUACGUGUUUAACGCUGCGCGCGUCGGAGGGCGCCGAUUAGAACGAAACAUGGAUAACCGAUCGAUUAAUCGCGAUUCGCGUAAGAUUCAAACUACGAUAAAGUAUCUGUAUACUUGCAUAGCGAGCGGUUUAGUCGUCCCAAGCGAAUAGCCUAUUUCCGAUUUAGCCCAGUUGAGAAACGAUCGUGAGGAAUCGUGUUGUGCGCGGAGAUGAAACCAACAGGACUCUCCGUAACCCGAAUAAAACGUGAUUGCGAAGGUUCAUUAUUGCCGGAUCCUUCGGACUGUUCAGACGCUAAACGAGCCGAACGUUUUGUAAAUUUCUAGCAAGCACCCGCGAUGCUUGAAUGUUUCCUUCGGGGAUGACUCGUGAAAUGUUCCGCAUAGGAGAAAUGCGUUCUAAGGGAAGUUCGUUAAGAUGAAAGAAUUUUAGAAAAUUCAGCAUGAUGCAUUCGAGCAGGUUAAUUUCAACGGAGGAAUUUCGUACGGGAAGAAAACACGCUCAAACAAUGCGGUGAAACGGGAAGUACAAGGAUGUAAUUUGUAGAUAGUCUAGUGUGUCGUUCUUAUUCCUGUGUUGAACUUAUCCACGUCCUCCAACAAAGAAAUCGCAACAAUCGUACAGACGACGUGAAUAGAGAAUUAUUUUUUUUAAGCUGUUCGUCGCGAUUGUUGCUAUAUUUUUUACUGAUACUUUAACCCUUUAAGCAGAAGAACUCGCGAAAAAUGAGAACUAACGAAACGAGAAGAAUGCUAGCAUAUUUUUGUAAUAUUUAAAACAAUUAAUCGAAUCACUUCGUUACAGUUUCAUGACUUUAUUAGUGUUUUACACUGGUCUUGUUUCUUUCACAAAUGUUUCGUGUUUAUUUAAUUUACGCGACUCGAUUAAGUUUCAAAUCUGCUGCUUGAAGGGUUAAACUGUUGGGUGCUACAGAACUGUAGUUUCCUGAGAUAGACUAGUUAUUGUUACGUACUUAACCGACAAAUUCCGUUAAUAUUGAGGUUAAACGAAGAUCAUAACAUAUUGACUGCUACAUAAUUUAAAAGCGGACGAAACAAUAAUUCUGAGGAUAGGUUAAUAUGUUUGACAAUACCUACAAAAAUAAGCAUAGGAAUUUGAUCUUAUAUUAAAUGCAUAGUGAGGAGUUGCAAUGUUUCUUUAUCAGAGGACUGUGUAUAUUAAUUUAAAAUUUGAAACCAAACGAUUAUUGAUUAAAAAUUGAUUGAUACAAGUGUUUAUCUAGAAAUAUCUACUCAAAUUUUUUAAAAACAGAUCUUCACUUGUUAUUUUUUUAUGGAUACUGAUCUAGCAGUCAACGUGUUAAUUCAACUGAGCUUAAAUGAAUGAAAGAGAAUUCUGUAAAAAUUACAAACAAAACGAAAACAAUUCAAAAAACAAACACAAAGAUCCUUCUCAAUCUGGAUAUAGAAAAUAUUAAUUAAUAAAAAAUCAAUUAAUUAGAUUGCUUACAAAGAAGAUACUAUAAAACAAAUUCACAAACUAUAAAAAAAUUGAAUGAUUUGACCAUCUAUCAAUUUCAUAUAUUUAUAACGAAACUAAACUUUUUAAUUGAAUGAACAAUUUUUACAAAUUGCACAACCAAUAACUGUUGGUCGUUAAAAACAAUAUUAACACUUAGCGGCCGGUGGUUAAGCGAGAGAAUUUUCGUCGACAGUCGACAAUAUUCUGUAAAUUAGCAGAAAGAGGACGUGAACUAUGAAUUUUGCUAGCAUAUGAUCCUUCCUAGAAAAAAAUAUAUAAAUUUAUAAAGAAAUUCAUAAUUGUUAUUAUUAGUAGCAUAAAGGUAGCUUCAAUGUACAACAAAGUAUGAACGAGUAUUUCUACUCGUCCGAUUAAGUAUUAAAAAUAAUAUUUUCACAUGGAAUCCCGAAUGGUAAUUUCCAGAAUCUCUAUUUCGUUCAUCUAAGCCCGCAGUUGAACGGGAUGCGCAAUCAGACGGGAACGGCGAACACUUGAGCUGUCCGAGCUUUCACAAAAACCAUAUUUUCGCACCGGUUAGGGUAGCCGUCGAGUGUUCCCGCGGAGGGACGCCUCCGAUUCCUAUUAAUUUUCGGACUGUCGAAGACUAUCAGGGAAAUAGGCUAGCUAUUUUGCGUACCACAGGGGACAGACGCCGGUAGCGUGAAGACUGCAACGGGUAAUGGAAUAUUUUUGCGUUAGUGUCGGAACGUCGGGAUGAUAGCGUUAGAACAAAGAAGGGCAAGUAGGGUUGUCGCGGGGAAAUCGUUUCGGAUCGUUUCUGACCGCAUACAUAGGAACUAUAUAAAUAAAAUAUUACGAGUCCGCGGCGUCGUGGUACCGGACAAUUAACACGUACGUGCAGUCAAUAAACUUGAGAUAUCGUGAUUCUUUAUUUUUUAUGUGAUCCCGUUUGUAAAGUGUUGUUAGCUGUAUCGUAUGUAUAACGAAUUACCAUACUGCAAAGUAUAUACACACGUUACAUAUAAAUAUAUUUAUAGACGCUUGUACACUGGUGUACGCGUCCCCAUAGUUUAUUACGUAUAGAUAUACAUAUAUAAAUGAAAGGGAAGUAUAAAAUGAUACACGAUCACCGUUUACUAAUAAGCAGUUAACAUCCGAAAGAUAAAAUAAAAUAAUGGAAAAAAAGGAAGGUAAAGAAAUAAACUAUUAACAGUUGCGAAACAAAGAAUCGCUGCGUUCGAAUAAAAAACACAGAUGAAUAAAAUAUGUAACUCAUAUCCGUGAACGUGUGAAAGAAAACUGCGUGUGUGUGAGCAGAAAGUGUGAUAAGAUUAUACGUAUGCAUAUUUUCUAGAGUAACGAAAGGCCUAACUCCACUCUUCGUCCUCUUAAUGAACCGCGCCGCCAUGUUGAAUUGGUUACGCAAUUUGCCGCAAAAUUUCUCUUGGAUAUUCGUUCCUUCACAGUUUCAUCCUUUAUGUAAUUAUUUAACUAUUUAAUUAAGAAUAAUGCGAAAGUAUGAAACGUAUACUUUAAAUAUCAAACACUCGUUCCAUCGUGAUUCAUGCAAGCUGAAAUUUUGUAUACCUUGAAAAGUUUUUGCUCGUGAUACUUGCAGCAUUUUAAGUUUUACAUGUUCUUUAGAUAAUUAACGUUGGCGACAUUCAAGAGUGAAUUAAUUCCUGAUUUGCAUAAACGCGCCGCACGUCGCCCUUUGCUCAAAGGGACGAAUUAGUGGAGGAGGAUUCCUACCAUUCGUAUGCAUGACGAAUCCUCGGCGACCUAAUUAAUGUCUUAGAAUCUAGUCGUUGUUAGUACUUGGAGCUUCAAAGAAUAAGUAAAACCAUACAAUAGGACGACAUUCGAAUCCCAAGAUUGGAACUCGUAUCCAGUCCAGCGUGUCGAGGACGAUUAAAGCUUCUUUGAAUCGAUCAUUGCUCGGAAACACAAUUCGCUUGCCUAUAAGUCUUCUAAAAGGUUCGUGUAGUUUUCAUAGCUUCCAAGCAAGUCCAUUUAAUCGUUUACAUAGUAAUUAUUGUCUUCUUCGAAAUAAUACAAGCUCGUGUAUCCCGUUCGUAGAAAACUUUCUCUUUCUUAAUCAAGAUAUUCACAUUUUACAGUGUUGAUUUUACAUUCUCUUCGUUUGUAAACGUUACUUUCUUAAAAUAAUUUUAAACAGUUGGAAGUCAACAAUAAUUAGUUGCUGAUAGGAAAAUAUUUUUCUUUACGGUGCAGUAUCUGCGGCACUGAAUUUAAUCUUGGUCAUUUUUUUGGCAAUUCUGUCCACAGUCAUUGAAACCUCAGUGAAUACAAAAUUGUGUUAUCGUAUUUAAUCUUAUGUAUCGUUUUUUGUUACUUUAUCAAUGGAAUUUCGCAAAUUAUCAUCGGUAAUACAGCACACACACAAAUAACAUUAGCAACGAGCAUUUCAUACCAAAAUUUUGUACCAAAAAAUUAUAUGCUUUUUGUACCGACCGUACAGAAAUUUUCUAUCCCAAUGGUCGAUGCGAUAAAAUAUAUGAAAAAUAACAAAAACAACUGAAUAUCAAGUAUGAAAGUGAUCGCUAUGGAGAAUCCGCACGAACUUUCUGGAAUACUUAAAACAUUCCACUACCAAUAACAAUACGAACGAAACAAUACCAUUAUCGAAAAUAAUGUUGUUCAAUUAAACUUUAUGUUCAUCGACGCGUACUUCUAUGGAAACGUGUAAUGAUCAUUCUAGAAGGAGACGAAUUCCUAACUAGCCAUAUCCGGAGACAUAAUCAUCGAGAAAGUUUCUUCGUCAGAAAUAGCACCUGUUUGAAUCGUUCGAUUAUUGAUCGGAACCUUGGGAUUCGCGAGGGGAGGGUGACUGAUAGAUAAACAUUCAACAAACGUUAAUGUUUUUAACUCUAGGAAAACUAAGGCUCGAGUUUAUUAUAGGGUUGACGGAAAUAUACCUCUCGAAUAUAAAUAUUUUAAAAGUGCAGUUUCACACAUGGGGAGAGAAAUAAUAUAAAGGAAAAAUUCAUGUAUAAUAACUUUUUACUGUGGUUUUAUUUAUUAUGUUUUUUUAUACUAAUCGAAGUUCGCUGAUGACACCGUACAUCCAUUAACACUUUGACUGCCACGUCACCCAAAUUCAGGUGACACCAUUUUUUACAUAAACUUCAACAUUAAUUUUCUUGGUGACAUAUCGAACGAACUGAAUUUUAUUGGAUGUACGAGAUUCAAGAAAGAUAGUAAACCAAUUGUUAUGAAAAAUCUGGACUUUUUAGUUUCUCUUUUAUUGACACGCAUUCAUUUUCAUUGUGAUGCAAAAUGACAUGAAUGCUUUAACUUUCAAAUUUGUAAGCGACAUUAUCAUAUGUUUAAUUCUGUAUAGCCUUAACUUUUUGAAAUUAUUAUGCACUUUAACCCUUGAAGUAGUAAAAAAGCCGCCUGUCUGUUUUUUCUGCCCAUUAAAAUUUGUAUUAUUCACGAACAUGUUAAGAAAACUGUUUUGACUGCAUUGGAGUUUUAAUAAGUGUUUACUUAGAAGUCAAAGUGUUAAAUAUUAUUAUAUUAAUCAAAUGCUUGUUACAUAUGAUAAAUUCAAGCGAUACUUUUGCAUCUGACAUAUUUUUAAUAAUGUCUUUGCUGAAUCAAAAUUGUUUAUUCAAUAGCAAUCUCGAAAGUAUAAGUAAAAAUAAAAAAUUUUAUGAAAUUUUUUUAAAUGAAACAAACAACGGUUUUUCUCAAAUUUUUGAUGCAAUGAGUUCGAGAAGCCUUGAUCUUCCUAGGGUUAAGCAAAUACAAAUUUGAAAGAAUUUAAAAUUGAAAUAGAGACACUUAGCGCCUCAUUGACAAACAAGAACAACAAUAAUAAUACUUACUAAUUAUAAUGAUUAUGUUACAAGUACAGAAUAGUAAUAAUAUCGUUAGCAGUCGGUCUGAACCGGCUCAGACCACGUGGUCGACUGUCCUAGGUAGUAUUAAGAUUCAGUGACGUAGAAUUAUCAGUAACAACACGGUAACGUUGCCACUAAUUUACCACAAUACGAUAACAGGGACAGAAUUAUGUAUUAUCAAUAUGAAUUAUUGACUGCAGAGAAUUUGUUCAAAUUAGUCGUGUUACAAUUUAAAGAGAAGUACCGUUUGUUGAAUAAAUUCAUUCUCACCAGCCCUCGUAUUGAUUAGAACGAAUAAUAAUUAUUUCAUUUUUAUUCCUGCAGAAUGUUACUAGUAAUGACGAAUUUAAGAAAGAAGAUGUUACUUAAAUAAACUAUAAUACUUAUUAUAGGGUUAAAGGAUGCUGACUGGUCAGGAUCACUCACUGUCAGGCAAUGUCGCCAUUGUUCAGCUGCUCCGAUACCCCAUUUUUCGGUCAUUCAUUAUGAAAAAUUGUAAACAGGGUGUUCUUAAAGUAUCUAACAUCUGUCUUAUCGUUAUUUAUAAAAUGUAUAAGGCAAAAAUAAUGUAGCCAGGCAAUUGACCUUAAAGAGUUCAAUUCUUACAGCCCAAUAAUAAGGAACAGAAUUCAACGUCUGUGUUAUAUGUGAUCCAUACUUGUUUCAAAAUUCGUUUACUUCGAAUCUAUUUCGCUGUUAUAAUAAGGAAAAAUAAAUGUCAGAUAUACUAAAAUUCGUUUCGAAGAAGAUCUGAGAUAGUAUAUACAUUGAAUUUGAAUUGUAUCGAAUUUUUUAUUUAAAGAAUAUGAUGCGUCACUGAUUGCGUGCACCUGAUAAAGACGAAAAUAAUCCUGGUUAACGAGUUAUCCCUUAAAAUUAUAUUUAAUUGUUCAUAGGAAUUUAAGAGUGCUGUAGAAGUAUAUUUCUUAUGUUCAGGCAUAGUUUGAAACAGAAAAUGGCGUAGAUCGUUCAGCAUAGAGACGUUUACUGCAAUUCGCUCGUUCGUGGAUCUCGAUUUACUGGACAGAUAAACACAUGGUUACCGGGUAAUGUUACGGACUUUACGUCACUAAGAGCAACCAGUAGAGCGAACAGUACAAAAAAACGUGUCCUAGAGCUAAUCAUGGAAAAGGAAAGUGUUCGAGAGCGAAGAUAGCAAUAGGAGGUAUUCAUUAAGUUUUCGUGAAAUGCGAUGAAAUUAGUUACUCUUUCUCGUUAAGACAGAUUUUUGUACGUCGGUGGACAAGAAUUUCGUAAAAGGUUGUCGAACCGUCGAAGAGUAAUGUCAAGUUGUGAGAGAUAUCAUCUGAAAAUGAACAAUUCAUUAGAAAGAAAAAAUGCACAUGAUUCUAACUUCGGGCAUGUAACAAUGUGUCCUUUUCAUUUGUUUGUAAUGUAGUAAAAGGAUCUGCUAUGCAGUUUUUUAACAGUUCAUCUUGCUCCUGAUCAACAACUUUUAUAGUCAGCAAGUUUAGAAACAUUGGUCUACGAAAGCGUUAAGAAUUUCAUUUACGAAGUGAAAAAAUCUGUUAUAUUUCUUUAUGAACAUUUCUAUUGAAAAAAUGUACGUUUUAUUAAAACGAAGAACCGAUUUACAAUCAAAAUACAGUAACAAAGACUAAUAAUACGUGUGAAUGAAUCGGGAAAUAAAGGCAAUUCGUUUGUCUUAGAUUAAAAAUCAUUUUAGUAAACACUGAGGUUAUAGUAUUAAAUAUUAUUUUGUAAUUCUAACAAAUUUUAAGGUAAUUUGAUAACCUUCAAAAUGACAACAUCAGAAAAGUAAAAUGAUUUAAAAAUGAACAAAUUAUUGGUUAUUUAAAAUAACUGAAUAAAUUACCAUUAUCAUAUGAUUUUUUUAUGUUAAUUGUCAACGUCGGUUCUAAUGUUGACCAAAAUUCAGCUGCAAUAAUUUACGUAGCUUCAAAUUGUUGUAUCACGGACGAAUUGCCUUCAUUUCUCAUUUACUUCUGCGCGUAAUGUUAAUGUCGCUGAACAACAAAAAUAAAGCGGAAACAAAGUAAAUAAAGAUUAUAUAUUGUAUGUAUAUCGAACGGAUACAUAUAUAUAUAUACAUAUACACAUAUAUAUGCACAAGGGGCACAGAUAUGUAUAUACAUAUAUAUAUAUAUAUAUUUAUAUAAAACAAAAUAAUACAUAUACAGAUUGUUGUAUAAUUAUGUUAGCGACGGUCUCCGCGUAUAGAAACGGCAGAAAAGCUGAAGCGCGUGACGAGUUCGAUUUAAGAUGUUUAUCAUACGUUGACAAUUUUUGACAAGCAGUGAAGAGGAGGAGGAUCCAAAAAUCUUACAAUGAAGAUGAAGAAAAAAGGAAGAAAAUUAAACGAAACCGUAGAGAAAAUAAUUAUAUAUGUAAUAUCAAAAAAUAAGAAAUUGUAUUAAUAUACAUGAACAUUGCAUUGCGGAAGAUAUACAUAUUAUGUAAAUUCUAUGUAUAUGUAUAUGAUGCGUGUGUAAUUAAUAAAGUGUUGAUAUACAUAUAUGGUUGACGAAUAUAACUAUAUG